AUGCCUGAAAUGGUUCCUUUAUUACUUUUUCUUAUAUCAAUAUUAGAUAGCACGAAACAAGAAUACAUAUACAACAGGAAACCGGUACCUAAAGCAGAGGUGCUCGACGAAAUACUAUCUAAUUUCUUGAACAGGUCUGACUUCACCGGAUCCCUGUUCAGCUACCUGACUGGUAACGAAGAUUUCGGCGACCCGGAUAACCUCGACGUUUGCGUAUUAAACGCGAACAACGUCUUUAAAAUCAUAUCCAAAGCCAAAAAACAGUACGAGCCGUAUUUCAGAAGAACAAAACAAGAAGGUCUCAAACGCAAUCCAAAACUUGCCGAACAAGUACUUGAUCUAAUGAAGCAAUCAAUAUACGCCACCAGGUUCAGAAUGCAAGAUACAAAACGUUUCAGAAAAAAAUAUGCUAACGAUGCACGAUUCCAGAUAGCCGUAUUGUUCGGUGCAUUGAUGCAAGUAAAUCUGAAGAUGGAAACAAUAUAUAGCAUAUUGCAUAAAUUCGUGCCCCAAAUUCACAUGAUAUGGAGUGUGAUACUAUAUGAGAAGUUACUAGCGGCUCAUGUGGACGUGCACAAUUUGGUCGACAGAAUAUUUUAUUUGCACUCAAAACAAAUGGAGAUUGAAAGUGGUGCGACACGUGUCGUGCUAUUCCCAACUUUAUAUAAUCCACGGACUCGGUCACGCAGAAGAUUAUCGCGUGGUACUCUUUAUAGGGCUACAAGGUUUAAUUGGUUCCAAGAAUUGAACUUGACAUACAUGACGACGCAACCGCCGGAGACUACUUCUACUACAAGGAAAACUGUUCGCCCGAUAGUAGGAUAA